UCUAAAAUUAAUGAGCUAUAGGUGUGGUUUAGCUAUCAAAAAAUAAAGUUAGAUCUUUGUGUAAUCGCAAUUAUGUCUCUCUCAGAUGGGUUUUCUGGUGGUGGUGGUGGUGGUGGAGGUAGUCUACCGCGUUUAAGGGACGUACUAAGAAGACAAAGACGUGAUUCAGAUCCCUCUAUCGACGUACCUGAUCUUAAUUUCACAUACGACGACUCUGAUACUCUAUUUAACGAGCUCAGUGAGCUCUAUGCCUAUUCCGAAGUCCACGAGUUCCAGCUGGCACGAGAGUCCUUUGAUAAAACCCUUUCCCUCAAGUUCCCUCACUCAAACUGGUUGAAUCUCACUCGAACACAGCAAAGAACUCUCCUCUAUUACUUGAUUGAGAAGUGCGAAGUUGUAUCUCAUUCCGAGCGUCUUGAUGCAGCUCGUUCCCUCCUCUACCUCGCACAUGGUAAUUACAUGUAUGGCGUGGAUGAGCAAGAUAUUGCGCAAUACUCCCGAGCCAAUGUCUUGCUGAUGAUCGAGGCCGGGGUUUUCCCGGCCGUCGUACAACUCCUUGCGCUCGAAAAGGAAAGAGAGCGGGAUCAGUACGAGAACACAAAGAAUAAAAUCACGAUAGCUGAUAACGUCUCGCUCCGUGUGACUCUAAGUGUCCUUUAUGUGAUGAUCGAAGUCGCUAGACGAGAAGAUAAAUUCGAUCUUCCGGCCGAGACUCAACUUCGGGAGAGGUUUCUAAUUGAUUUGAGAAACCCGGUCCACGGCGAGGACAACUUGACGUCGUUUCUGUUCCAGAUGCUCCUUUACUUUUGUAAUGGGAGCAUGCCUCAUUAUCCAGUGAGGAAGAUCCUUCUGGUCAUAUGGAAGUCGAUCCUAGCUUCACUUGGAGGAGUCGAGAAGCUUAAAGAGCUAAAAGAGGAAGCGAGAGUUAAAGCUGGCCUCCCUCAUACUUUUGACGAGACGAAACCAGCUCAGCCUCUUGUGAUCCCUACUGCUGCCUUUGACCCUCGAGGGUAUGCCCCUCCCCCUCCUAGGGACUCUUCUCUUUUAUCCGGUUUAUUGAGCCGACCCCAUUCGAUGGUAUCAAACCAGGACAAUGUGACCGAUUGGGGCGAACAGAAAGGACUUGAUUUCUGUCCAAAAGCACGUCUGCAAGACAUUGAGGGUUUCAUUGAGCUCUGUCGCUCUAAAUUUGGCUGCUACGAAUCCCCCGGGCUAACAGGGUCCGAUCCUCUCUCCUGUGACAUAUCCUCUCUCCCUGCCCCCACUCAGGAGAGCAUCAAAGUACUCCGUCAACACGUCUACAUCCCUCUCUCUGAUGUACAAAUUAAGAAAGUGGAGGAAAACGAGAGAUUGCAGUCUCUCAAUAAACCAGUUGAAGUUGAAGAAAGGGACACGCCCACAGAGCGACUCUACAAAUCGAUAUUGCCUAACCUUCCUCAGUAUAUGAUAGCCAUUUUAAAAGUGUUGUUGGCUGCUGCUCCAGCUGCCAGAGCUCGCAGUGAAUCUGUUAAUAUCUUUGUUGAUGUCAUUUCUUCCGAUACACCAGCUAACAUGAUUGAAUCGGCUCAGAACACGUUGGAUAUCAAUAGACACAAGGAAAUCAUCGUCAAGGCCAUCUCUGCUACUCUCUUUCUCCUCCUCAAGCAUUUCAAGAUCAAUCACAUUUACCAGUUUGAGUAUGUUAGUCAGCAUCUCGUCUUUGCUAACUGCCUCCCACUGAUACUCAAGUUCCUCAAUCAAAACCUUUCUCAAUACGUCACGGCACGCAACAAUUUUCCUGCUCUCAAUUUCCCAGACUGUGUCCUAGUUCCUCCAGAGUCCAGCAUUGCUGUUGAUAUACCUGAAGCACUUCCCUCAGACUCAAGCUAUUGCUGGCGUAAUCUAUUCUCUUGCAUUAAUGUGGUUCGAAUCCUCCAGAAACUAACGAAAUGGAAGCAUUCCCGUAUCGUCAUGCUUGUUGUGUUUCGAUCUGCUCCUAUUCUUAAGCGUACACUUAAAGUCCAUCACCCGUUGGUACAUCGAUACGUACUUAAGCUAUUAAAAGUCCAAGCCAAGUACCUGGGAAGGAAUUGGAGGAAGAACAAUAUGAGGACCAUAUCGAUGAUAUAUAGACAUGUCCGCCAUCAUUUCCAGGACGACUGGGCCUUUGGUAAUGAUCUCGAUGCCAAACCCUGGGACUUUCAGACCGAGGAGUUCACGCUUAAAAACCAAAUCGAGCGGUUCAAUGUAUUUUAUUACGACAACGAGGGGCAGAGGAACCCUAAUCCGUUUGGGGUUGAGUUGAGACCGGCCGAUACGAAUUACCUCAGUGUCCUUGGCAAACCAGUGGAGCUGAGCGAAACCUGGAAAGAUAAUUAUGAGAAGUGGGUGGAAGUUGAGGUCAUACAGCACGAGAGGGAUUGGGAUAGGCUCCUGGAUGGGUCACAAUGUCAUCAUUUAACAGUUAAAACUGUUCACUGCUAGGCAGUACUACCUACUAUACAAAGUGUGUGUAACAACAUGAAUGUAGCAAUACGAGUUGUUACUUGUGUAUUGAAUAGACUCAUAAUGUUUUCUGUUGAAUUCAAGAUUUUCAUAUUUAAUUUUUCAUUACAA